CGUAACCUUAGAAGGAAUGUCUGCUGCUUGCCGAAAAAUGGGCUUUGACAUUGACGAAGAUUACCAGCCAUGCAAGACUGGAAGAGCAAAUGCUGAGAAAGUUCUUUCUGAUCUCAACCCUAAUAAGAUUGUAAAGUUUAAAGAAAAACAUUUUCCUUUCCAAGGACUGCAUUGGCAGGAAUUCUCUAGAAUUGACAAGGAAUAUCAAAGAUUAAAAGAUACUGACAAAAAAACACCUUUGGAAUAUGCUAAGGAAUUAGAACAGAAAAAGAAGGAGCUUCGUCAGAAGCAGUUAGAAAAUGAGCUUUCACCUGCUAUUAAGAUGUUUAUUGAAGCUCUCCUGGGGAGCACCGAUGAUGAGCGACUCUUCUUUCUGCACUGGAUGAAGUUCAAACUGGACUCCAUUUCCUCAUCAAUCCUACCUGAGUUACAGGAAAAGCUGGUGACUCAAAUUAGAGAAACAAAUGAGAAAGAAGAAUUACUUAACAGACUGAGCAGGAGCUCCCUGGGAUUAGAGCACUUCCUGCGUGAAAUCGGACAGAUUUAUGAGGCCUCGUUUUAUUGUAGUGAUCCUGACUUGAAGAAACACUUAACUAAAUUACCAAGUGCUGCGGCUGACAUGUUGCUUUCUGGAUUUCCGGUUGAACUCAUCGAUGGAGACGUCUCCAAUAUUCCCAUAAGAUGGGUGUCAGAUGUUUUAAAACAAGUCCAGAUAAAAACACAUCCUGACACUCGAAUUUUUGUCUUGUCAGCUCUCGGUUUACAAAGCACUGGUAAGUCCACACUUCUCAACACCUUGUUUGGCCUGCAGUUUGCAGUGAGUGCUGGACGGUGCACACGGGGGGCUUUCAUGCAGCUCAUCAGUGUGGACCAAGAUAUGAAAGCUGAGCUUGGAUGUGAUUACAUUAUGGUGAUCGACACAGAGGGGCUGAGAGCAGAGGAAUUAUUGAGUAUAACAAACAAUUAUGAACAUGACAAUGAGUUGGCGACACUGAUAACUGGACUAAGUGACAUUAUCUUAGUAAACCUGUCAUCAGAAUCUAAAUCAGAAAUGCAGGAUAUUCUCCAGAUCAUUGUCCACGCCUUAAUAAGGAUGAAGGAAGUUGGGAUUAAACGAAGCAUUUACUUCAUUCACCACAAUGUCUCUGACCUCUCCGCCAGUCUCCUCAAUUUGUCAGGAGUCACACAGCUUUUGAAACAACUUGAUAUUCUCACACAAAUGGCAGCAAUACAGGAAAACAAAGAAGAAACUUAUACUAAAUUUUCUGAUGUGAUUCAUUACAACAUCAAGAAGACAAUAAAAUACAUACCAGGGCUGUGGCACAGUUGGCCGCCGAUGGCAUCUGUCAGUAGCGGGUACAGUGAGAAGGUGUUUGAACUGAAACAGGAGCUGGUGGAGCACAUUAAACAAGAAAGAAAGAAACGAUUACCAUUAACGAUCUCAGACUUCAUCAUCUCAAUGGAAGACUUCAGCAAUGCAGUCAAAUCAGAGGAUUUCCUAUUCAGUUUUCAGAACAGUCUGGCGGCUGUCGCAUAUUCAAAACUGUCAUCUGAGUACAGUGACUGGAAGUGGGAAAUUCAGAAAAGCUUCAUAGAGUGGAAGGAAAAUGCAGAGCGGAGAAUUAAAAACUGUGAAGAGAUCGAUAAUUUAGUGCCUGCAUUAAAAAGUGAGGUCGAUGAGUUAGCAAGGAAGCAGAAACAGGAAACACUUGGGAAACUUAAGGCCUAUUUCACCAGUGGCGUUAAUAACAGACAAUUAAUUGAAAGCUACAAGCAUCUCUUUGAGGGGAACAUUAAGACUCUUUGUGCGGAAUGUAAAGGAAAUGCUGUGAGGAAAUGUGAAGAAUUCAUCAAACUUCAUCAAAGUCUUAUUAAAUUUCAAAAGCUAAUUCAUAAAUAUGGAAAAGAGAUUGAACUGAAAGUUAAUGAGCUGGUGCAAAAAUGUAAACUGGAGGAAAAUGAACUUACUGAAACUCAACUUAAAGAGGAAUUUGAGAAGAUGUGGGAAAAAAACAUGAAGUCCUUUGAAAUUCCAGAAGAUCAUGUCAACAUCAGAGCUGAAAUGGAGAACACUCUAAUGACCGAUGAAUCAAAAAGGAAAGACAUAAAGGAAAAACUGAGGGAAUCUCAUCUCUCACAAAUGGAAAAUAAAGAUUUCAUUGCCACAGAUAAACAUGUGAACACCACGUCUUCUUACCUUUAUUAUUCAUGGGAUUGGGCUAAGCAAAUUGCGUCAGGUAUUAAAGGAAAGGCGCAUUCAUGGUGGUAUAAAAAUACAACUGAGAUGGUAGGCAGUCAUGCAGAUAAAGAAAUUGGCUCAAUGAGGUUUGAAGGUGGUCUCCAAGAAAAGGACAUCCAGAAAACAGCCAGUAAAGGUGGUCAUAGUGUGAAUAAAUCCUGGAACUCUAAUACUCAUGUCAUGAAGGUUCAGAAGAUUGCUGACACUCUAAUAAGUAAGUGUAACAAGUACCUGGACGACUUGAUUAAUAAGACCACAGAUUACGAUCAGAGUUACUGCACAGGUGUCAUAAAAGAAAUAGACAAGCAAACUGAGAAAUUGGGGGACGGCAAUAAAUUGGUUAACAGCCAGUUUCAUGUGGACAUCAAGCUGCACAUCUGCGGAACAGCAGUAUAUUAUUUUCAGGAAAUGCAUGACAAGUUUAUGAGAGAACAUAAUGUACUGGAUAAACUUCAAGAAAGAAAAGAUGCUUACUGGGAAACAUUUAGUGAGAUGUAUCAUGAACGAGAUCUGAGUAAAAAAGUAAGAAAUCAGUUCUGCAAUUUGUGUCUCAAGCCGUCCCUCAUAGACGAGAUCCAAAGACAGCUCUCAAGGCACAUUGUAAAUCAAAUGAGAGAGACGUGGGCACCAGUUGUUCUUAGAAACAUCACCAAUUUUCAGUUGUCCCUCCUGGUCAGCCUGUAUGAUGGAGAGGACUUUGAGGCCUACAAGGUGUACAUCACAGACUAUGAAUGGUUUGCUGAGGAGUGGCUGGCAGUACAGGCAGAGGAAUUCUGCAGAAGUGAGCUGAACGGCAAAACACAAUUUUCUUUAUUGUUAGAGGGGAUAAUAAGCAACCUUUUUGAGGAACUGAUGAAAAUUUUGGAUGUAAAGGAAGUAAAGACAGGUAAAGAACUACUGCAUAUGCUAAUGAAAGAAAUGGAAAAGAUAAUGGUCCUAAAGAAAGAAAACCUAGGCAAUAAUAUGUUUAAAACAUGGGCGAUGCAUCACAUCUCAUUGCAAAUCUGCGUGAAGCAAUACAAGUUUUACAAAAGGAAGUGAUGGAAGAAGCAAACAAAUGGGAUCCCAGCUCUAAAGUAAGAAGUCUACCCAAUCCUCCACACAAGGAAACUGAUGAGCUUUGUGAAGGGCUGUGGGGAGAAAUGCCCAUUUUGUGGGACACCAUGUGAGCUGGAUGUGAAUGACCACCAACAUUAUUCAAGAUGCCAUCGAGUACUGGCCAUUGAAAACAAGGCACAACAUCAUCAGCUUCCAUGCAGAACCUUAUUUCAAACAUUUUACUUUGCAUUUUGGAAAAAUGAAUAUCAAAAGACAAUCAACUGCAUGUCUUGCGACGAUCACAUGAAAGGAUGUGACGUGCAAAGCCUGCUAAAUAAUAAUUGGGGUCAACUUUACAAAGGCUACACUUCCAUUUACUGGCAAUUUGUUUACAAAAAAUAUUAUGAAGAGUUUGCAGAAUGGCACAAGCAUGAGCCUCUCACGAUAAGAGUAAAUAUAACAUGGGAUGAUGUGAAAACCCACCUGGAAAAAGUCUAUCAAGUACACCUUGAUGAUCUCAAAAUUCAUGAAUCAAAAAAAACAAUCUCAAGAGUAAUAAGCAAAUGGAAAGAAAUCAAGUGUCCUAACUCAACAUGAUUAACAGCCUUUCAUCAUAUUACACAAAAGAAAUCAGCUAUGGACACACAUUGGUGGUUUUUUGUCCUCUUGGAUCUACUUUCUUGUGGUUCCCUUAACUCCAAUAAAGAUCAACAUCUCA